CGGUUGCUACGCCGCGCGGUGAAGAUCUCUCAACACCAGCAACCAUGCCGUCCAAGGGUCCGCUGCAGUCGGUGCAAGUCUUCGGACGCAAGAAAACUGCCACAGCAGUAGCGCACUGCAAACGGGGCAACGGCCUCAUCAAAGUGAACGGGCGACCCUUGGAGAUGAUUGAACCACGCACGUUGCAAUACAAGCUGCUGGAACCCGUUCUCCUUCUGGGCAAAGAGCGGUUCGCAGGUGUAGACAUCCGUGUUCGUGUGAAAGGUGGUGGCCACGUGGCCCAGAUUUAUGCAAUCCGCCAGUCCAUCUCCAAAGCCUUGGUUGCCUAUUACCAGAAAUAUGUGGAUGAGGCUUCCAAGAAAGAGAUCAAAGACAUCCUCAUCCAAUACGACCGGACCCUGCUGGUUGCUGAUCCCCGUCGCUGCGAAUCCAAGAAGUUUGGGGGUCCAGGUGCCCGUGCUCGCUACCAGAAAUCCUACCGAUAAGCCCACC